CAGAUGAAGAAGACACCAAAGUUGACGUGUUUGAAGCUUUCGAUGAAACGCCCACUCGGAGAGCGGAAGCUGACAUUUUCGAAGAAAUAGCGACACGCACUUUUGACGUCAACGACUUCUUCCAUCUGAAGAGAUGCAGAUCAAAAAGGAACCCGAGGAGGUCGUGGAGGUCAGAGUCAAGAAGGAACAGGAAGAUCUGUACGAUGAUAACGCUAUGGACGAAUUCGUUCCUUACUUCACAGCUAAAGCGGAGAAAUUCCAAUAUGGAGAACCCAACUCUGUCUUUGACCAAAACCUUGCUGAUCUUCAAGACUAUGGCGAUAUUUUCGAAGACGUAAAAGAACUGAGGAACUUGGAAUAUCUAGAUGUGAAGCAGCAGCAGCAUAACCUGGAGCAGUAUCUGAUGGAAAACACGCCUUUAGAUUCGGAAGUGUAUCAGCCGAUGUUUGACGAUGACGAGCUGGUGCUGGGCGUGAAGAGGGAGCGAGCCAGCACGAGCUUCACGUCGGCGAGUUCCAGUGGUGUGAGCGAGAUGGAUGCAGCGUCUCCGCCGCCCAACGUGAAGUUGGAGCCCGAUGAGGGGCACCACAGCGGAGACGAGCUUACGCAAGAGGACAUGGAUCUUAUCGAGGUGUUGUGGAAGCAGGACGUCGAUAUGGGCUUCUCGCUCGAGGACCCCAUACAACCGUCCGCUCCUCAUGCCACGAAGGUGGAACUGGGAGAUGAGAUCGACAAGGAGCUCAAGAUGGCAGAAGAGAAGAUACAGCAGAAGAAAGAAGAGAGCGCGAUCGAGAAGGUCAAGGCGUCGCUGCUCAACCCGGACGACAAGGAGGACGACCCCUGGGCCGGCCUUUCCUACACCGUGGACACUGAAACUGGUGAAUACCUGCUGCAAGGUGAGCUGCCUCGCGAGCUGGUCAGCGGGGAGUCUCUGGAACUGCUGGAGGAGGCGCUGCAGCUGGUGGAACUUGGAGACGAGGCCAAGGAUGAUCAACCGCAGGCGGUAGAGGGCAGCAGCAGCGACAGCGCCAUGCUGCACCCGGCGAUGCGGCAUGUGCCGCACCACCUCGCGCACUACCAGCACCAGUCGCUGAUGCGGACCAUGUCGGUGGAGCAGCGAUGGCAGGACCUGGCGUCGCUGCUGACCAUCCCCCCUCCCCCCGAGCAGUACCAGCACUACCAGCAUCAUAAUAUCAGCGCGCAUGCGCACGCGCACGGCGCGGGCGGGUACGCGCACAACUACCACGCGCCCAUCGCGCCUAUACCAGACAAACACCCUGAUGCUUAUGGCGCGGCAGCUACGCCGCUCGAAGGCGCGUACAAGGCGGAGUCCCAUCACCCGCAACACGACAACAUCUACUAUCAGAAUGGUACCGCCGAGAUGCCUCCCCCUCCCGCCUCAGACGGCUUCCUGCAGUCCAUCCUCAACGAUGAGGACCUGCAGCUCAUGGAUAUGGCGAUGAACGAAGGCAUGUACACUAUGCGAAUGCUGGAUGGAGCCGCUGGCGGUCACCACGCGCCGCAUAACCACUCACACAUGAUGAUUGCCGAGAGAGAUUCCGCGUCGGAUAGCGCCGUGUCGUCAAUGGGCUCGGAACGCGUGCCGUCCCUUUCUGACGGCGAGUGGUGCGACGGGAGCGACUCUGCGCAGGAGUUCCACAGCUCUAAGUUUCGGCCUUACGACGGUUCGUACGGGCGCGAGCGUUCGCACCAGCCGCAGAAGAAACAUCACAUGUUCGGAAAACGGUGCUUCCAGGAGCAAAACCAACCAGCGCCAUCUAUGGAGAACCUCACGCCGCGGCCGGCGGUCGUCAAAUACGAGUGCCCGGAACAGGCGUACACACAUGAAAACAUGCAUAUGCACAAUGUGGAGUUUGGCGCGCGGCAGCUCACGCACGCGCACCCGCCGCCCGUGCCCGCCGUCGCGCCCGCGCUCGACCUCAACACGGCGCACUCCAGCCACGCGCUGCUACAGAACGGACUAGCAACUGGGCCGGCUCGGUACGCUUACGCGACACCGGAACGCGUUCGACACAACCACACGUACUCCGCGCCAGGACUCGCUCCGGAGAGGCCCGCGCUCAGAGACAAGCGAGUCCGACGGCUGACGGACGGCAGCGUGUCGGACGGCGGGUCCAGCACCGGCGCCGGACACCUGUCGAGAGACGAGAAACGGGCUAAAGCACUGGGGAUCCCCAUGGAGGUUCACGAUAUAAUCAACUUGCCCAUGGACGAGUUCAACGAGCGCUUGUCCAAACAUGACCUGAGUGAAGCGCAGCUGUCGCUCAUACGCGAUAUCCGACGCAGGGGCAAGAACAAGGUGGCAGCACAGAACUGCCGCAAGCGCAAACUGGACCAGAUCACCUCGCUUGCAGACGAAGUGCGCACAGUGCGCGACCGGAAAGUGCGCACACAGCGCGACCACCACACGCUCACGGCCGAGAGACAGCGCGUGAAGGAGCGCUUCGCGGCGCUCUAUAGACACGUGUUCCAAAAUCUCCGCGACGCAGAGGGGAGGCCGCUGUCGUCGGCGCAAUACUCGCUGCAGCAAGCGGCCGACGGGAACGUGGUGCUCGUACCCAAAAUGCAGCACGACCACCCCAUGAACCGCUCCGAUGAGGACAUGGAUCGCAAGAAACACUACGAGUGACAUUUGGGCUGGUAGCAGACAGACAGACGGACAAACACCCAGUA